GAGCCAUUGACGUGUUUGGAGCUGGAGACGGCCUGGGCGCUGGGGAAGCGGCCGCCCGAGAUUAAUCUCGUUUAGCCUGGACAUCCUGGUCUCUUAACUAGUAAGAAAACUGUUAGGAUGCCCAUGGUAGCACGGAGGCUGAGAGAUCCUGACAUAAACCCUUGCUUGUUGGAAUCUGAUGCUUCUACCAGAUGUAUGGAUGAAAAUAACCAUGACAGGGAAAGGUGUUCCACUUACUUCUUGAAGUACAAAAACUGCCGGAAAUUCUGGAAUUCUAUCAUGGUCCAGAGAAGACAGAAAGGAGUGAAGCCAUCUAUGCCUACAGCAGCAGAAAGAGACGAGAUCUUGGGGGCAAUGGGAAAGAUGCCUUACUGACUACAUUAAAUUUUUUAAUUUAAUUUAGAAGCAGAUGAAUAUUUUAAGCAAA